AUGUAUAGAGGUCGUGGAGGGCAGCGAGGUGGUCGUGGACGAGGAGCGAGGUCAAUUGGUCGUAAUUCUUUCACACAGUCAACAGGACCUAUAGGACCCCCAGACAAAAUUGCAGAGAUGGGUACUUUCCUUCAUGCUUGCGAAGGAGAUAUGGUUUGCCUUUCAACCAAUAAAAAAAUACCAUAUUUCAACGCUACAAUAUAUUUAGAAAAUAAGCAAUCGAUCGGUAAAGUAGAUGAAAUUCUUGGUCCUAUGAAUAAGGUCUAUUUUACUGUCAAACUUCAAGAAGGUAUUGUGGCGACAUCAUUUAAACCAAAUGAUAAAGUUUUUAUUGGUGAAGACAAACUACUACCACUUGAAAGAUUUUUACCUAAACCUCCUCCACCCAAAUUUAAAGACCAAAGGAAAUUUCCGAAUGUCCGAAAUAGAGGUCGUGGAAAUUUCAGAGGUCGUGGUGGUAAUGUUGGAUUUCGCAGCGGACGCGGUGGAUUUGGAAAUCGUGGCCGUGGUCGUGGUGGUAAUCGUGGAUUUAGGGGGCGCGGCCAACGAAAUUUCAAUGUCACGUGA